GCGUCGCGCCGCGCCAGCAGACAGGCAAGACCCGACCCUGGGAAUAAAAAAACGCGCAGCCCCGUCUGUUUGAAGAUUAUUUUAUUACAGCGAGGUAGGGCAGUUCAGUCAAUUUCUCCAUGAAUGUACGUCACAAUGAUGAUGACAGACCAGAUUCCACUGGACUUGGCUCCGCCCCCCCUCCUGAACGGGGAGGUCCCUCUCAUGCCUCACAUGGUUAACGGUGACGCAGCGCAGCAGGUGAUCCUGGUGCAGGUGAACCCGGGGGAGACGUUUACCAUCCGGGCAGAGGACGGCUCACUGCAAUGCAUCCAGGGUCCUGCUGAGGUUCCCAUGAUGUCCCCAAAUGGGUCAAUCCCCCCCAUCCACGUCCCGCCAGGAUACAUCUCACAGGUGCUGGAGGACACCACAGGGGUUCGCCGGGUGGUGGUGACCCCCCAGUCUCCCGAGUGCUACCCUCCCUCCUACUCUCCGGCUCUCUCCCCAACACACCACCUGCCCCCGUACCUCCCUCACCCCCACUUCAUUCCCAACUCUCACUCUUUCUAUCCCCCUGUCAGCCCCGGGGAGCUGCCGCCCCACCAGUACUACCAGCACCACCUUCCCCCCAUGUACGGCGAUCCAGAAAUAAUCCCAGUUUAUGGGAUGUCAAACUACAUCUCAGGCAGAGAGGAGACGUACAGUAAGCCACAGCCCAAAAAGAUAAAGGAACAGAGACAACUAGAGCGACAGAAUCGACUGAAUUCCCCUCCCUCCACCCUCUAUAAGGGAAGUCUGGGGCCAGCACACAACGGAUACAGCAACAAAUCGCUCACCCCAUCGCUCGGGUCGGUGGGGUCGGGGGGCGGAGUCGGCAGUCCUGGGGGCAAGAAGCCGGAGAGACGACUCCGCAGCAGUCCGCGAAACAGUGAACCCGACACGCACACACAAGAUCAUGAUUCAGAGGGGAAGCGUGUUCAAGACAUGCUGUCUACAAUCGACAAACCACAGGUGUCUAAUGUUCAGGCACGGGCUGCACGGCUAUCCUGGGCCCCCCCAGCAGGGCUGGUGAACAGGCACAGUAACGGGAUGCCUGUUUCCUGCUCUUAUGAGGUCUCUCUCUCGGAUAAGGGGCGAGACGGAAAGUAUCGUCCCAUAUACAGUGGGGAAGAAUUGGAAUACCAUCUGAAAGACCUAAGGCCAGCGACAGACUACCACGUACGGGUGUCGGCAAUGUACAACUCGGUUCGAGGCUCGUGUUCAGAGGCCGGCUCCUUCACCACACACUGCAGCGUCCCUGAUGUCCCGUUAACCCCGAAGCUCUCCCACCGCACCAAGAGCACCCUCACCCUACAGUGGAAGCCCCCAGGCGACAACGGAUCCAAAAUCACAAACUACCUUCUCGAGUGGGAUGAGGGAAAGAAGAACAGUGUUUUCAGAGAAUGUUACUUUGGGAGCCAGAGACACUGUAAGCUGACACGACUGUUCCCCGCCUGUGGGUACACGUUCAGAGUGGCUGCACACAACGACAUUGGCACAAGUGGCUUCAGUACGGAGGUGGUGUUUUACACCAUGGGCACUCUGCCCGCUCUGCCUCUGGCACCGCGGUUGGUCAGGGCCGGGGUGUCCUGGGUGACCCUGGAGUGGGGGCGUCCCGAGGGCAGUCCCAGCGAGGAGCAGCUCAAAUACACACUCGAGAUCCAGGAGGACAACAGCGGAACAGACUUUCAUCCAAAGUACACUGGAGAAAACUUGACCUGUACUGUACAAGGCCUGAAGAGGAGUACACAGUAUAAAUUCAGGCUCAUAGCGUCAAACAUGGAGGGAAAGAGCAGUCCCAGCGAAGUGUUGGUGUGCACCACCAAUCCAGACAAACCCGGCCCUCCAUCUACCCCCUGUGUCACCGAACCUACACCCUGCGGAUUUACUGUCACAUGGGAUCCUCCCCAGGACAACGGAGGCUCCGAGGCUCUUACGUACCUGCUAGAGAUCUCAGAGGGCUGCUCUGAAGCGAGCCAGUGGGAUGUAGCGUACAGCGGUCCAGCAACAGAAUGUGUGUGCGAGCGCCUGACACCUGGGACCUACUACCGCCUACGUGUGUGUAGCAUCACCACCGGAGGACACAGCCCGUGUACUGUCAGCGUUCCGGUCCGUACAUUAAGCGUCCCGCCAGGGCCCUGCCAGCCGCCGAGGAUUGUGGGUAAAGCCAAACACAAGGAAGUGCAGUUAGAGUGGGACUCCCCGGUGUCUGAGGGAGUAUGUGAGGAGUUUGUGUUCAGUCUGGAGAUGAGCGAGGGCGACGCUAAGCCGGCAGAGGUGUACCACGGCUCGGAGCUGCAGUGCACCGUUGUUAGUUUGCUACCCGGUGCCACGUACAGCUUCCGACUGAGGGCAGCCAACGAGGCCGGGUUCGGAGCGUACUCUGAGCCGACGGAGGUGACGACUGCAGCAGGUCCUCCCGGCCAGUGUGGGGCGCCACUCAUCACUCUCACCAGUAACACCUGUGUAACGCUCAACUGGGAGAGCCCUGAAGGUUCGGGUACAGACAUCUCUGAAUAUCGUUUGGAGUGGGCGAGGGAAGACGAGCCCAUGGAGCUCAUCUACUGCGGAUCGGCCACGCAGUGUGAACUGUCAGACCUGACGCCUGCCACGGAUUUCUGCUGCAGGCUACAGGCGGUGAAUCAGGCGGGCGCCGGUCCCUACAGCGACCAGGUGAGUUUCCGGACCCCGGCAACGAACCCGGACCAGGUGUCCUCCCUGGCCCUCCUGGACCUCCCGGCCUCCUCGGAGACGGGUCACUCCCCGUCGACCUGCCUCCUCCUGAAGUGGGAGGAGCCGAACAGCAACGGGGCGGAGAUCAGCUCUUACGUCAUCACCCUGGAAGACCAAACCAUCACUGUGGAAUCGGGGACAAGUCACCUUGUCACAGGCCUGCAGCCCGACAGCGAAUACAGUGUGCAGAUCCAGGCGGUCAACGCCAUUGGCUCCAGUCCGUCGAGUCCGGCGCUGCUAGCGAGGACACGCCCCCUCCCCCCAGCCCCGCCUCCGCUCGAAUGCUCCGCCGCCGGCCCUCAGAGCCUGAAGCUAAAGUGGGGCGAGAACGCCAGCCACACGCGCGCCCUGCUCGCUGACGACAUGGUCUACACACUACAAAUGGAGGACAAGAACCACAGGUUCGUGACCAUCUACCGGGGUCCCAGUCACACCUACAAGGUCCAGCGAUUGAUCGAGUCCAGCAGCUACAGCUUCAGAAUACAGGCCAUCAGUGAUGCUGGAGAGGGUCCUUUCUCUGACACACAUACCUUCUGCACCACCAAGUCUGUACCACCUGCCCUCAAAGCCCCCAGAGUGCACCAACUGGAGGGGAACACGUGUGAGAUCACAUGGGAGACCAUCCCACCAAUGAGAGGAGAUCCUGUGAGCUACGUACUCCAGGUGCUGGUGGGACGCGAGUCGGAAUACAAACAGGUUUUUAAGGGAGAGGAGGGCGCGUUCCAAAUCUCCGGUCUCCAGGGCAACACAGACUACCGUUUCCGCGUGGGAGCCUGCCGCCGUUGCCAGGAUACGUGCCAGGAGCUGUGCGGACCGCUGAGCCCCUCCUCCUUGUUCACGCUGCGUCGCCAGGAGGCGUCGUCGUCGGGGGAACAGUGCGCCAUGGAGACGGGCAAAGGGGUGGGCCUGAUUUCGAGCGACGAGCGCUUCGCGGCGCUGAUCGUGUGCGUGUUCGCGGGCUUCUCCAUCCUCAUCGCCUGCUUGCUACAGUACUUCUUUAUGAAGUGAGGGAAUUUUAACAAUAGGAUAGAAAGAGAAAGCAAAAAUCACAGAAAAAAACUUUUCAAAAAACGUCUAUGAAAGAACCGAAUGAAAUCAAAAGAAACACUUGAUGUACUUCUAAGGCUAUGUAUGUUUUUUUUGUUGUUGUUGUUGUUUUUUUUUUUAGUCAAAGUAUCGAUUCAGGCUUUUCUCACCUGUUGUCUUCUGCCUUCACUCAGUUCGGUCUCAUUUCUUUCUAUGUCUCUGUUGUCUUUGUAUCACCGUCUGUCUCCUUUGUUAAGGAUUUCUGUCGAGGGAAGCCUUGUCCUUGUACCUCGGUUGGGAAAGUAAAAACUGAUAAUCAAGCCUUAAAAUAGCUGUGAGCAAAGCAGUUGCUCCUCAGACUGACUUGCAUGUUAUGUUUUUUUUUUUGUAUCUUUUUAAAACAUAUUCAAUUAGAAAACGUGUAUAUUUCUUGACGGUCAUUGCCUUACUUUUUUUUGUUUUGUUCAUUUUUCAGUGUUUAAUUUGCUUUUUUUUGUUUUUUUGCUGCAGUCUUUAUUCAUUCAGCCAUAUUCAAAUGUAGGCCUUCAAAGCUUUAGCUGUUCAUACUUAUUCAGUUUUUUUUACUACUCUACAGGCUGUCGGUCAGUUCGUGCUCCUGCUCCCGAUGCGCGGACGCACGUGCAGACGUAACUGCACACGCGUGUAGAACUUCACACACACACACACACAUGCAAUGACAAUUACAAAGAAACAUUAGCCAUCCUAAGAAGUCAAUCACACAUCAACUGUUAACACUCAAUCACUCACUUGUUCCGCUACCAAAGUGAUGCAAUCUGUGUGUGGUGUAAGAUGCUGCUAUCCUGUGAUUUUUAUUAUAUCUAAGAAAGAAUGGAAAACCGGUUAUCUAAUAUAUAUACACAGUAUAUAUAUUGAAAUAUAUAUAUAUAUAUAUAUAAAUAUAUAUUAUAGCAAAUAUCCAUAAUGCUAUAAAAGUGAUGUAAUAUAAGUGAUGGCAAUGUAAGUACAGUGUAAAAGGGGAGGCGUGGACUGUAGGUGCUCACAAACAGCAGCUCUGAGGUCAGUUCAGCAGCUCGCUCACAAGGUUGAAGGAGCCCUUACAAACGCUGGUCUCGGAUCAGAAUAUGAACCCUCGUAGGUAUUCGUAUGUUGGGCAUAAAACGGCUUUCGGAAGCCAGACUGGGAUCGUCAGUGGUUGCAGUUGUUUUUUUUUUUGUUUGUUUUAUGUUUUUUUAACUAGGA